AUGGCGACUUUGCUUAUGUUGCUGUUGACACUGCUUCCUGAAAUGACAUGCAAGAUUCUCAUGGUGAAGUGUCAUGUCCAUGAUCCACACCCACCACUUCAUAAGUAUCACCAGUCAGGAGAUCUCAUUCUUGGUGGCUUAGCUUCUCACGGCUUCAUCAUUUCCAAUGCAUUAGCCUUCACAAAAGAACCCCCACAGGCAUUGCCCGAAGAGCUUGCCGUGGUGACUAAGAAUUACCAGCACAUCCUGGCCUUGGAAUUUGCAGUGAAGGAGAUCAAUGACAACCCUCAGAUCUUACCCAAUACCACCUUGGGCUUCCACAUAUUUGACAGCUAUUUCAUUGCAAAAGGGACCUAUCAUGCUACAAUGCUGCUAAUGUCCAGCCCAGACAGAUUGGUCCCCAACUACAAAUGUGACAUCCAUCAUCAUUUGAUAGCAGUCAUUGGGGGGCUGGACCCCCUAACCUCUCUUCAUGCUGCAACAGUCUUGGAUAUCUAUAAAAUUCCACAGCUCAUCUAUAGCCCUGCUCCAGUCAUGGAGGAUAAAACUCCAGGCCUUUCCUUCUACCAAAUGGUCCCACAGGAAGCCCUGCAGUAUGAGGGGAUUCUCUCCUUACUUCUGCAUUUCAGGUGGACUUGGGUUGGACUCCUUACCAUGGAUCUUGAGAACGGAGAAAGAUUUGUGCAAGCCGUGGUUCCAAUGUUUACUUCUAGUGGCAUUUGUUUUGCCUUUAUAGAGAGAGUAUUCAAAUUAUCUCUUGUCACUGAUCUUAAAGACUUAUUACAGCAGGGUGCAAAAAUUCGUGAUAAAGUAAUGAGUAGCAAAGCCAAUGUGAUGAUCUUCUACGGAGAAUCUUAUUCUAUGAUAUUUCUGAGAUGGCUUCCAUAUUUAUCUGAGCAAGAAGAUGGGAAUAUUAACCCAAAGGGUACAGUGUGGAUAUUGACAGCCCAGGUGGAGCUGACUUCUCUUGUUUAUCAAAGGACUUGGGAUAAAGAAAUAAUCCACGGAGCUCUGUCCUUCACAAUUCACUCCAAUGAUAUAUCAGGAUUUCAACAAUUUACUGUCGGCAGAAAACCUACCACCUCAAAAGAAGAUUAUUUCAUCAAGGACUUCUGGCAGCAGGCCUUUGCCUGUUCAUUCCCAAGUACAGGUGCAGAAGAUGUGGAUGGGGAUAUCUGCACUGGAGAUGAAAACCUGGGGACUCUUCCUGGGCCUUUCUUUGAAAUGAACAUGAUUGGCCACAGCUACAGUAUCUACAUGGCUGUUUAUGCCAUGGCACAUGCUGUUCAUGACAUGUUCUCAUGGAGACUCAAAUCAAGAAUGUUAAAGGACCAAGGGCAGUUGUCAUUUCAAAAUCAACAGCCAUGGAAGGCAAGGCCUAUUUCUGUAUGCAGUGAGAGUUGCAGUCCUGGCUCAAGCAAGAAAAUGAAGGAGGGGGAGCCAUUUUGUUGCUACGAUUGCACUCCCUGUCCAGAAGAGAAGAUUUCAGACCAGAUGGAUAUGAAUGACUGUUUUAAAUGUCCAGAUGAAUACUAUCCCAACAAAAACCAGGAUAUAUGUAUUCUGAAGGAAAUAAGCUUCUUGUCUUAUGAAGAACCUUUGGGGAUCAGUUUAGCCUGUUUUUCGCUUUCCUCUUCAAUCAUCGCAGCUCUGGUGCUAGGGACGUUUCUGAAGCACCACAACACUCCCAUUGUCAAAGCCAACAACCGGGACCUCACCUACAUGCUCCUCCUCUCCCUCCUGCUCUGCUUCUUUUGUGCAUUGCUAUUCAUUGGACAGCCUCAGAAGGUGACAUGUCUUCUGCGACAACCUGUUUUUGGCAUCAUCUUCUCAGUGGCUGUUUCUUGUGUGCUGGCAAAAACGAUCACAGUGAUUCUGGCUUUCAUGGCCACCAAACCAGGAUCCAGGAUGAGGAAAUGGGUGGGGAAGAGGCUGGCCAACUCCAUUGUGAUUUCCUGCUCCUUUAUUCAAGUAACCAUUUGUAUUAUGUGGUUGGCAUUUUCUCCCCCAUUCCCAGAUGUCGAUAAGCACUCAAUUUAUGGAGAAAUUGUUCUAGAAUGCAAUGAGGGUUCUGUAACUAUGUUUUACUGUGUCCUGGGUUACAUGGGCUUUCUGGCUAUUGCCAGUUUCAGUGUGGCUUUCCUUGCCAGGAAGUUGCCUGACAGUUUCAAUGAAGCCAAGUUCAUCACUUUCAGCAUGUUGGUCUUUUGCAGUGUUUGGUUAUCCUUUAUUCCCUCCUACCUAAGCACUAAAGGAAAAUACAUGGUAGCUGUGGAGAUCUUUUCCAUCUUAGCCUCCAGUGCUGGGGUGCUAGGGUGCAUCUUUUCCCCUAAAUGUUAUAUCAUUGUUUUAAGGCCUGAAUUGAACGAUAAGGAACAGCUGAUAAGACGAAAGGCUGGAUGA